GAUGAGUAGCUACGGCCAACUGGAUGUGUUUAUAUCGCCAUUGCCGAAGUCAACGCACUUGGAUACUCGAUAUUUUGGCGAUAAAAGUCAAUGUGUUUAAUGUUAUUAGUUGUAUAAAAGUUAUGUUAUGCAUCUGACAUAAAAAGCUGAGUUUAUGGUGAAAUCAGAGAUGACCUGCGCAACAGAAAUUGUUGGCAGCUGGUUUCCUAGUGGUUACUAUGGACAUUUCCGCAGCAAGACACGCAACGAUUUUGUAUGUGAAUACAGACAGCUAGCGAAACCUCAACCGCCUAACAAAUUCCUGAACAGGUCACAGCAACCUACAGCCAGACAUGUGUUUUCUCACCAUGACAACAGGGAAUCAUUCCUCAAUGAUGCCUUAUACUUUGAACAAGGUUUGGGACGUAAGCGGGCUCCAAACAAGGCUUACAGCUUCAAGCAAGACUUCAUGACAUGGAUGCCAGAACGGGAGUACAUUCAGAGAACCCAGCGACCCUUACUGUCAACGUAUCGAAAAGACUUCAAGACCUCCCAGAAAGUACCUCAAAUAUAUGUCAACAAACCUCCAUCUUCUUUUGAUGGGGUCAACACAACGUCAUAUAGAUAUGCCCAUGGUAGUGAAACAGCCAACCCUAACAGACAUACAAUCAAUGCUAUGAACAAUGAGGCACUCAAACUUAGUUUGUUGAAUAGAAAAAACCGUGCUAUGUCAGCGCGAGGCACGGUUCGUGAAACCGUGGCUUCCUGCAUGAAUUGGUACAACCCAGCAAAAGAGCGACCCAAAACCGCAGUCCAGAAUCAAACAAGUCCGGCAGCAACUCAGACGACCAUGUUACAACCCCACCCACCCUCCGAGCCACCUCCUCCCCGGGCUGAGCCACCUCAACCAAGAGUGAACCCUCCCCCACCAGCAGUGGAGAGGCAGGUCACCAUGCCUCCGGUCAGAGAAGCCACUGUGGUUCAAGCUGAGCCGGUCAACCGACAACCUCAACCCACAAUUGCGUGGGCACCCCCUCAACCAGCCGCGGCCAUUGAAGUGGCCUGUGCUUGAACUGGGUGUUAUACAGGCUGAUUAAUACUUACGUCUAAACAAACCUGUACUCUAUGAAGGAAGAAUCCACCUUAAUAAUUUCUGUAACAUCAGAGUAAGUGAUGCUCUGAAUGGAAUAUCUGGUGUUAGGUGUGAUAGAUACAUGUAUAUAUGUUUUUAUUUGUACAGUGUACUAAUACCAAAGUAGAAUUUUUAUAUUAUGAAACCUUUUUGUUUUCUUAUUUGCCUUAUAGUAUUCAUACAUCAAUUGUUUGAUAGUUUAGAUUUAAAAGAAAUACGGAAUGUUAAGUCAGCAUUUGAUUCAAGAAUGUUAACACCACUGAAAUUUUAAAUCUGAGUACAGAAGUAAACAAUUAAUUUUGCAGAACUGUUUGCAUCCAAUUUGCUGCUGUUUUUUGUGUACAAGACAACCCCAGAGAGAUGUCAUUUAACUAGUCCUGUCCCUGUGUGUUGUUGAUAUACUCAACGAACUCCUCUUAUCAUAACUUUUAUUCAGUAAGUUUGCUUAUUUAGUGAAUUUAUCCUCAUGGAUAUGUACUCAGAUGCGCUAUUUUUCCCUUUUUUGUUGUUGAUAUUUAAGGAUUUAUUGCAUUCUUAUGAACCACACCUAUCAAUCUGUAUCAAGAUUUGUUUUGUGCAGAAACAAGUGUAUAGGCAUAUUUUACCGUUUGUGGUAUAUAGUCUGGCAUGCAUACUGGUACCUUACUGUUGUUAUACACUGUAUAUCGAAGGCAUUUAUUCAGCUGAUAGGAAUGUGAUGAAUGUUAAUGAAUCUUUCUGUUCUGAGGUGUUAGUUUUGUCUAUGUGUUCCUUGUUAUAGACUUGAUGGUGAAAAAUAUUUGAGAUUUAUGUUUGGUUAAUUUUGCUUAAUUAACUUGUUUGGUUGUAUGCAGCCAUUAUAUACAUAACAGAACACUUUACUUGUACUUACCAACCAUAGACCAUAAGGGAGUACUGGUGUAAGAUCUGUUGACUUCGUUUGAUAAUUAUCGUACUAAUACCGGUAUAUUAUUGUGAAGUUUAAUGAAAGUGGUGUUGGAACAUGAAAACAAACCUUGUUGUUUCAAAUUUUCAAUUUUCGGGGCUGUACAAGCAACAACUGUUUUAAUACCUUAAUUAUGUUAUCACAUGAAUACCAUGUUUCCCUGAGUUCUGUCAUACCAAGUAGUCCACUAAGAUAAGAUUACUCUUCUUCCAUGUUGGAUUUAAGGUCACCUAUGUUCUAAGGCUGAUAUGUGAUUAUAACUCUACUAACGUUGGCUAUAUCUAGACCUAAUGCUUGUGUUUUUAUUUUUUGCUCAACUUUGCAGAGAAGUAUUAUUUUUUUUAUUCUGGCAGUAUUCUAACAAUUGGGCUUGUCGUGUUAAAUCUAUUGCUGUUGAUAAGCUGUUAUGUUGUUUUCUGGCAAUUUAUGCAGCCGAUGAAAUUUAUUCCGUCCAAUGUAUAUUUUUCAAAUAUUUGAAUUUAGAUAUAUAUUAAUCAUAAAUGUAUAUACAGAUUGAUUCUCCAAUUUUGUUAACAACUUUACCUGUUUUUUAUUAGAUAUAAGUAUAUUUACAUGUAGAAGAACUUUUUUGUUAUCCUAUUUUCCUACACUUUUACUUAAAUCACUCUUUCUGGGUAAGAUAUAAUGGAAGAGAGAUCUGAUCAAGGGCAAUAACUCUUGAUGUUAAACAACUUCUCAAUAGUUUUGGUGCAUUAUGAGAUACAAUUACACAUUUUAUUACCGCAGUAUUAUCAAGAGGAGUUUUACCAUCAUCACCAAUAUCACUGUGAAAGGUAAUGCAUUCCCAAUUUAUGUACUAAUUCUUUACAAAUUUAAAUCUCAAGGAGACUGCUUUAAUAUUUUAUGAACUAAGGCUAGACUAAACGGGAAACGAAUCAGUAAAAUGUCUCCAGUCAUUCAGUCAGAUUCUUCUUGUUUUUGUAUUAAUUAUACAGUAUUUUUAUUAUCGCUUUUUGAUGUGAUAUUUUUAAUGAUAAGCUGGACUGUGAUGUUUAUCGUAGAUUUUAACAAUUUUAAUCUGUUAUUAGACUAUUCAUUUUGUAUCAUUUCCAUGUAAUAUAUAUUCUAGUAGUCAGAUAUAUUAUCAAACAAAUUUCUUUCUAUAGGUUAUGGGCAUGUUUUUAAAUAAAUUUACAGUUAAAAAUUGAUUGAUUAAAAAAAUGUUAGUGACAAUUUUUAUUGUAUUUUAUCUAUUCAUAUUUAUUAAAAAGUAAAAAAGUUAUCAAACAAGAUCAUGUACAUGUAUGAAAUGUUGUUUAUUUUGAGCCAAAAGUUUCUAAAGUUAUGUUUAUUUUGGGUUUUUGUUUUACAAAGCAACAUCAAAAUGGUUAUCUGUACUUUUUCUAUCAAUCUACAAAGUGUUUGUAACAAGAAUUGUGUAUGACUUGAACUCGGAGCAAUAUAGAGAGUUUAUUAAAUUAGAGCUUAAAA